GCCGCCGCCUCACAGGCAACAGGUCCCGGAGCGUCCCGGCUGAGUCCCGUCCCGCCGCCGCCCGGCCCGGCCCGGCCCGGCCAUGCCGCUCCGGCUGGCGCUCUGCCUGCUCGUCCUCUGCGGCCUCGCCGGCGGCGACGCCGCGCACGGUGGGAUCUGCUGGCUGCAGCAGGGGAAGGAGGCCAAGUGCACCAUGAUCCUGAAGACGGGCGUGACGUGGGAAGAGUGCUGUGCCAACGGCAACGUGGACGUGGCCUGGUCUAAUUACACCUACCCAGGCAACAAGAUCAGCCUGCUGGGCUUCCUGGGGCUGGUGACCUGCCACCCCUGCAAAGAGAGCUGCGAGGGGGUGGUGUGCGGCCCGGACAAGGUGUGCAAGAUGAAGCACGGGAGGCCCCAGUGUGCCUGCGCCCCUGACUGCUCCAGUCUGCCCCGCAAGCUGCAGGUCUGCGGCUCGGAUGGCUACACCUACCGCGACGAGUGCGACCUGCUGACAGCCAAGUGCAGAGACCACCCGGACCUGGAAGUGAUGUACCAGGGCAAAUGCAAAAAGUCCUGCUCCAGCGUGGUGUGCCCAGGCACCCACACCUGCGUGGUGGACCAGACGGGCAGCGCUCACUGCGUGAUGUGCCGGACGGCUCCGUGCCCCGAGCCCACCAGCCUGGACCACGCUCUCUGCGGCAACAACAACGUCACCUACCCGUCGGCGUGCCACCUGCGGAGGGCCACGUGCCACCUGGGACGCUCCAUCGGCGUGCGGCACUACGGGAGCUGCUCGGCCUCAGCCAGGUUCUCCCUGGAGACGGACAACGCGGAGGAGAACUACGUGUGAAUCCUUUUUCCUCCGGCGCGUGGCCGCGGCCGGCAGACAGGGGCAUUAUGUGUAUACUGUACAAACCAUAUACCUGAUAUUUAUUAAGAUUAAAAAAAAAAAAAGGUCCUUAUUUAUAUCUGUAUGCUAUGCAGCCGCAGAGGGCCGGCUCCCGGCCGUGCCUGCGCGCAACCCCUGCGCUGCUCCGUGCCCACGGCGCCGGGGGGAGCGCCUGCACUGCAACCCCCCCCCACACCCCCCCCCAACGUGUCCUUGGACGGCCGCCCCGGGCCUAUUUAUUUUUGGAUUGAAUUCUUGGUACUCUGCUGACGUUUCUGGCCAGGACCUCGGGGUCGAGUGGGAAUCUGCUCUUUAUCUUUCCCCGGAGGGGUUCAGCCCCAGCUGCCAGCAACAGGGAACGGAGCACGGAGCCGCACCAGAUUUGAGACGGAUAGAUCUCUAUUUUUCUACGUCGUUUUCUCCCGCGGUUUUGGCACGCGGGUCUUAAAACUGAUUGAGUUUAGCUUCUCCCGGGCCCACCGAGACCCGGCUUCCAGCUCUUCUGGAGGCAACGCUGGAGCUGCCCUGGCUGCUCCAGUCCCCGCUCCCAACACCUUUCCCUGUCCGUGGCCAAACCCACGUGGAAGGCAGCGGGCACAGGGCCCCUGGGACCCCCCAGCCCCGCAUCCCCUCUCUCUCAACCCCCUCUGUAUUUAUUUUAACUUCCUCUCUUUCUUUUUUUUUUUGUGUGCGUUGUGACCUGUGUACAUAACCAUCUCAUCUCUGACACCGAGAGGCAGUCGCCUUGAUAUAAAUACCGUAUAUAUAUAAUAUAUAUAAAUACCCUAUUUUCUAUUUUUGUAUGGUUUGCGUUCUGGUUGCCGAGGCGGGCGUUAUAGGAACGUAUACAUUUCCUAUUCCGCGUCAUUUAGGAGCAUUUUACGACUG